AUCUCUUCCGACCCACUUUUUUGAAUCUCUGUCUUUUCAUUACCCCCAAUUCUAGAUAGAGAAACCAUACUCAACUUUGAGAGAGAGAGAGAGAGAGAGAGAGCAGAGAUUCUCACUUUUGAGUUUUCCGUACUGCAAUGGCGUUCCUCUCUUUCCUUGGUAGACUGCUCUUCGUCUCUGUCUUCAUUCUCUCCGCCUAUCAAGAGUUCAAUGAAUUCGGAGUUGAUGGUGGGCCAGCGGCAAAGAAUUUAAAGCCAAAAUUUGAUGUUUUCUCCAAGCAUAUUACAACCCAGACUGGAUUUCAAGUGCCACAUGUAGAUGUGAAACAUUUGAUAUUAGGCGCCAUCAUUAUGAAAGCUCUCGGAAGCCUCCUGUUUGUGUUUGGCAGCUCAUUUGGAGCUUUAAUCCUGCUUUUGCAUCAAGCAAUUUCAGCAGCCAUCUUGUAUGACUUCUACAACUACGAUGCUGACAAGAAAGAGUUCAGUGAGCUCUUUCUCAAGUUCACUCAGGGCUUGGCCUUGCUUGGGGCGCUGCUCUUCUUCAUCGGCAUGAAGAACUCAAUGCCAAGGAGAUCAAAGAGGGCGGCUCCUAAAGCGAAAACAAAUUAAGAAUACAUCCAAGAUCGGUUUUAGUUUGGUUUGUUACAAUGGAUAAGUUUCUGUAAGGUUAUAUCCCAACGAGCAUUCCAAGAUUUUUCUUUCCAUGCCUUCUUUUCCACUAUGUUAGAUUGGGCAUGGGACAACAUUUUGAUAUUUGUAUAACUUACACUUCCAACUCACAAAUUAAUUUUAAGCAACAAUUGCAGAGCAGUAA